UAAACGGUCAUUACAAAGGCAUGCAUCGAGUACUGCCGAUGGACAGUGGUCUCCCCGACAUCCCUGCCUCCAGAGCUCCCAAUAUUCCAUGGACUCUUGUCGGUUGUAGCUACAUCACACUGUCUAUCAUUUGUUCGGUAUGGUACCUCUACGUGGUUCAACCCUCACUUUCCAACGACGUGUGGUGGGCCAACUACUCCAGUUCCAGAGACCAAGCGCUGGUCAUCGACAUCUUCAACGCCAUCCUCCCCUCACAAUCGUCUGGCGCACUUGACAUCUUUUCUCCACGAGCUACCAUCGGCAGACCAUACACCGCCGUUAUACCAAGCACAGCCGUCUAUUCCACCUAUCCCCGGCAGUUGGUCUUGACAGAGCUCACUUCUGUCGAAUAUGCCGUGCAAAACUUACGGUCUUUAGACGCCCCAAACAGCCUGUGGAUGGGAACUCAGUAUUGCUGGGUGGAUUUCCAGAAACGAUUCGAAAUCGCCCACACCGAAACACGUCAAACUCGCUGUCGGGAUCGGUACCGCUCCAACGGUGCAGUCUACAUGGAAUCAAUGCUGCGAAACCAAGUCUGGGACGAUUUUAUGAGUUUUUACGGGGCAGUCUUUGAGAUCGCCGUUCAAGAUUGGCUCGUCCAAAGUGAGGACGGUCGACGUUGGGUGGCAACCACGUCGUCCGCUCGACCCACAACGACUGCGGCCGAGGAAGUGGCGCUCUGGACUGAAAACGGCAUCACGUCGUUUACGCUGCAGUGGCAGAACGACUUUGUCAACGGCAUGUCGGACGCGAUUGUGCUGGUCAACGCCCUUGGCAUGCAGCAAGAACUAGUCCUGCGCAGUGUGUCGUAUGCUGAGGUGACGUGGACGUCUGUAAUCUUGUAUUGGACCAUCAUGAACGACAUGUACUACAUGUACUUGACCAAUCGAAGCCUCAUUCGGUCUGCCAACAACUCCUUCCUCCAACACCCCGAGGUAGUUAUGGACAGUAUGCCCACCAAUGUUGGCGAGUAUUUGACCCAAGUGGACGCGUUCCGGGCGUCCAUCGGCCCCUUCUUUUGUGUCGACGCGUUUGUCGUCCCCGUGCCGCCGACAGUCGUGGCCUUGUAUCGGCAAUUCGAGGACAUUGUUCUAGCCAUGGCGAGGCUGAACGUCGACAUUGACUUCGCAGCAGAUGCGAUCCAGGGCACGACUCUCUCCCCCACUCCCCCAUCGUGGACUCGCCAAGACCGAUUGUUUUACGGUGGAAACCCUCUCUGCCUGCGUGGCGCCCCUCAGGUGUACGUGCAAAACACGUUUGGUUUUCACGACUUGUGCGACAAACAGACCCCACUUUCUCUCGACUACAAUUUGCACGCCAGCCUUUUCGCCGUCCAGGCGACCAAACGGGUGCAAGUUGACGACAUUUGUGCGGUGGUCGCUGCUCCCGAAUCCUGCCGUCGGUUGUGUCAAUCGAUUCUUGAAGUCGAAAAGCACUUGCCCCCAGUCCCAGCCAGCUUCACUGCGUUGUUCGACGACGUAUUCCACCAAGUCACACUUCUCAACGUGGGGAUCAUGCAGUUUGCAUCAUCCGUGGACGGGUUCAACAUGACAAUCUUGUUCGAGCCGCUGCUGCAAGACCCUGCCUUUCAGUUCUUUGGGUGGUUCUUCAUCUACGAAUGGGUCUCUGGGAGGCGCGAAGUCGUUCGAUUUGACGGAGACGUGGCAUCGUUGACUCUGAUGUCGGUGGCAGAGUCGCCAGUGCAAUUUUUCAGCGGAGCAGAGUCUAUUGCGUCAGCGACACACGGCUUGUACUACGUCGUGGUCUACGUCACGGCGAUUUUAGCUACGAUUUGCACCGCAAGUCUCGUCUCGACGCUGGCCUUUGGGACUUCCAAGUUGCAAACUUCCGAGUUUUUGUGGUUCAAUCACGUUGUGGGGUCCGUGUGGAUCGGUCGCCCCUUGCUCCUGCUCCGUGGUGGCACCGCCAUCCUCGUUCUAAGCACGACCCAGCUCCACCUGGCCACGAUCAACGGCGUCCAUUCCCACUUUGAGUUUCGACCGAGAUACUGGUUCAGCACGUGUGUGAUUGCUGGCGAAGCCACUUGGGCUCUGUACGUUGCGGUGGACUUUCUCACUGUGGUCACGUCUCACUUUACCAGGUCGUACGCCCCCCUGAGCUGCGUCAUUGCAUGGUCCGUGCUGGUCUUGGUGGAACUGACGGUGCCUGUGCUGCCCUGGGCCUGGAUCGAUCGUGUCUGCACUGGCCAAAACAUGGACCAAGCCAUCAAAUGUUCCAGUGGAGGGAUUCGAAUGGGGUCGUUCGAUCGGGUACGCCUAAUCUUAUUGAUUCAGAGCCUUUCGAUCUGUGCGGCCAUGGCCAUUUCCUUGGUAUACAAGACAGUGCUCGAACGGCGGCACCCCGUCCCUGCUAUUCGUUUCCAGCGGUACAUCCUUGGUGUAGCCGACAACUAUUUUCCUCUGGAGGUCUCAGAUCUGGACGACUUGGCCUCGCAGAACUUUGCGUCACAGCUCAUGGCCGGACUCAUCCCCUGGCGACGAGGAGGGCUGUUUGAUAUCAAGUUGUGGUUGCACGACACGAGCCAUUCACGAAUAGCUCGCAAAGCCACAAUUGCGAACUUUUCCCAACUCCAGCCAUCGCCACCUUACGAAAAGUACUUGUCCAAAAAAUCGCAGCAACGUCUGCAGCGGGUUGGUGAGUUGGCGGCAGUGCUCUAUGCUGUAGGGGGAAUUGUUGGAAGUGUUUUAUACUUUCAGGUCGCCCAAGUGAACUUGGCCAACGAUCUGUAUUGGGCCACGUUCAAUAUGUCUGGAAUGCAUGUGUUCAUGUCCAACUGGCUAAACGACGAGCUAUAUCUUGGCGUGCGCAAGACGGAGACUGCCAUGGACGUCGAGUAUAUCAAUCAAGAUGGAUCGUUUGACCAAGACAGCAGUCGUAUCAUGUCGCCCUCCAACUUUGGCCAAAUGCUACUCUACACGGAACUGAAUGCCAUCCAAGACGCGAUCGUGGGCCUUCGGGCGUCGGAUGCGUGUGAAGUGCCAUGGAUUUCCACGCAGUACUGCUUUGUGGACUUUGACCAGCGGUGGGAUUUGGCCAACACUGCAGCCAGACAGCAGCGCUGCCGACGAAUGACAUCAAAUGGGGCCGUGUUUCUCGAAUCCGUAUGGAGGAACAUUGACUGCCGCGAGUUUGCCCGAUGCUGGGGACAUGCGAUCGAUGCCGCAAUCGUGAACGACUUGAAGCAAUCGACGGCAGGUCAAGACUGGCUUAAUGAGGUGUUCGCCGACGAGAAACCAAGCGUGAGUACUGAAAUCGCGUUCUGGAAAACCCACGGAGUGAGUCACUUUACCACCCAGUGGCAAAACUACAAAACCAUCGGCCUUGUCAACAACUACGCCGUGACCAACGUGUAUGGCAUCUCGUACCCGUUCACGCUGCAAAACGAAUACUCGAGGUUUCGGUUCGAAAGCGAAACGACGUUUAAAAUGUACUGGGCGUUCGCGAGCGACUUGGCGGCCGUGUCCAACAAUGCCACUGCCAUUGCCGGACACAGCUUGAUCCGGUCGAGUUCGCUCUUUGCGUUUGCCAAUACAUCGAUGCAGUCGCUGCUGAUGGAGAAUGGCACGGUGUCGAGUCCGUUGCCCAACGCGUAUCGCUUGCUCCAGUCUGAGCUUGGCUCGUUCGGAUCUGUGGACGUGACCUACGUGCCGUGCCCGUCGAUCUUGAAAGGCGUCGCUCGUCAAGUCUUUACGACACUGAGGCAGUCCCUCGCGCAAAGCGACGCGGCACAAGUUGCGUAUUUCAACCUUCCCAGUGGUUUGAACCUCAUGAACCCAGUGCCAAGGCAGUGGAUAGAUUUGAAAUUUAAUUCGGUGAGCGGCAGCAUUUUGUGUCCGGAAGCCCAGCCAAGCCCAGUUGGAACGGGGUUACAAGGGUUCGUGGCAUGGCAUCGCCAAUGUUCAUUCACACCAAUGUAUGCAGCCGUAGCGUUUGAUCAGCAAAAUGCCCUGUUGGCUGCGCUGUUAUCGCAACUGCCGCUCCGAAACACUCCAGAAUUUCUGGCUUCCAUAUGUCGACACGACGGUACUGGAAACCCAUUGUGCAUGAAAUACUUGGCUUCGAUCAUCGCGUUUAUUGACACGUAUAUUCACAACAGAAUCGACAAACACGUUGUAGCGUCAAUGGUAGCCCAGGCCAUCGACGCAGUUGUGGCGUUGAACGUAGAAUUUGUACAGUAUGGCAGGCUGGACGAAGCAUCUCCUUUGACGCUGUACCGUUCCUUGGUAUUCAACCCCUCUGACGAAAGCUUCGAGUUCUUUUCGUGGGUGUUUUUGGUCGACUGGGUCGUGGGCUAUCGCGAAGUCGUGUCAUUUGAGGGCGAUGUUGGAAACAUAACGUUGUUAACGGAAUACCAGCCCUUCGUGAAAGAUCACGUGAGCAUGGUGCAGUUUCCAGUGAAUUUAGCGUCGUACCUUCGAAAUGUGGUACUGUAUGUGACUUCGACAAUGAUCUUCUUGGCGGUCCUCUUGCUCGUGUACAUUGCGUUGAGCCAUGGGCACGUGGACGUGAUGAACUUGUUCAAGUUGCAACGCGUGGGGGCCAUCGUGUGGGUCGGUCGGCCGCUGUUGUUUGUUCGAAGCCUUACUGCCAUCGGUGUACUCUCGACAGCAUCCCUCGAGCUGCACUUCUCUGGCUACAUCACGUUUUUCACAUCGGCUCAAGUUCCGUGGUACAUGACGAUCCUCGCCGCCAACGAAAUCACGUGGCUUGUGGCGAUUGUGAACGACAUGGCGCUGGUGCUGACGCAAGAAUACACGCCUCACUACGCCACGGGCAACACUAUGUUGGUCUGGCUGUUCACAGCCACCCUUUCAAUUGCCAUUCCAACAAGUCACGCCAUGGUAGUCGACAAGCAAUGUCAAGUGGCAGCAAUGGACUCGCUGGUCGUUUGUACGAGCGGCCACCUUGCCAUUGGACAACCGCUGCGCCUUGUGGGUAUGGUUGGUGCAGUGCUGACGUGCAACGCGUUGUGCUACUUUGCCGCCCGACACGUGAUGGACAAACCAGAGUCGACGCCGCUCAAGUCCGUGUUCUUGUACGCUGGGGCCAAGUACAUGUUCUCCACUGCCGAUUGGAUUGACGGCCACAUCUACUACAUGGAUCGCAUGUCCGCGGCCAUGAACGGCAUCCUGACCAUUCGACGGGGCACUGUCAUGUAUGGGCUGGACAUCAAACUAUGGCGAACGCUUCACGUGAAUCUAGCAGACACCAGUCCCCAUACAACCGCGGCCCACUUUGCACUUCCGCUGCACAUGUCCAACCGGUAUUCAGGGUAACAAUCCCACGCCCAGAUUAGAACUUGUCCUGGCUGGCACAGCCAUGACAGCGAUUACAGGAAACCCUGCAAUCCAAAUUACUUGGAGUAAUACAUUUCUUU